CAGGCCCAAGAUGGCGGCGCCCGGCGGGGCGGGCGCGGCGUCGAUGGCGAUGGCGAUGCCGAUCGCGGCCCCCAUGCUGCUCCCGGAGCCGCCGCCCUUCCCGGCGUGGCUGGCAGCGCGCCUGGACGCGCUGGGGCUGGACCGAGCCGUGUACGGCGCCUACAUCGAGGGGCUGCUGCGGGAGGAGGAGAGCGAUGAGGAGCGGCUGGAGGCACUCCGGGCCGUGCUGGCCGCCUGCCUGGAAGAAGAUCUCUUGAAUGAUGUGUGCAGGGAGGUUGUGGAGAGGUGGUCUGACUCCCAGGUCGUUGAUUCCAAAGAGGAGAAAGAAGAUGAGGUCCAGGCCAUCGCCAGCAUGAUGGAGAAGCAGGCCAGGAUAGUGGUGAAGCCCAAGGAGGUGUCCCAGGAGGAGAAGCAGAGGAAGGCUGCGCUCCUGGCCCAGUAUGCCAACGUGACUGACGAGGAGGAUGGUGGGGAUGAACAGGAUGGAUUGACGACAGCUGUAAAUAUUGGAUCAGAAAAAUCAUUGUUCAGAAACACCAACGUGGAGGAUGUGCUGAAUGCCAGGAAGCUGGAGCGGGAGCUGCUGAGGGAUGAGUUCCAGAAGAAGAAAGAGCAGGAUAAGCUGCAGAGGGAGAAGGACAAGCUGGCCAAGCAGGAGAGGAAGGAGAAGGAGAAGAAACGAACACAGAAAGGCGAGCGGAAACGGUAGCUGGUGAUUUCCAGUUGGACUCUGAAAGGAUAAAAUUAAUUCUGAAUAUGGUGUGUGUUUAAAAAGCAGCAAGAAUUCCAGGCACGUGGCUGGGAGCAGUUCUUGGAAAGUGGUGCCUUUUUUUCCUUUUUUGUUUUGUUUUGUUACAUAGCAGAACAGAAUCUCUGAGCAGCUCCUGGACUCAGUGUGCCCUGUGCUUGUGGUAUCAGUGCUUGUGUACCAAAGAAGGGUGAAGUGAUUAUGUCUGUCUUGUUAAAUUGAUCCAUUUUUACUUCUGACCACCUGGCAGCAGAGCAUGGUGUAGGAGCAGCCCCUGCACUGGCUGUGGUUUGAGGUUUGAGCAGGACAUGCUGCUCCAGGGCACACACAUGAAUUCAUUGCCACAAGCCUUGAAAAAUGUCUUUGCAAAUCCCUGUUUGCACUGCUGAGGCCAACACUGCAGCCCUGCUCAGGCUGGGCUGGGGCUGUGUGAAACAGCUGAGCUGCAGUGAUGGGACUGUGGAUGAGGGAAACACCACCCAGGCAGGAGCAUUGGCCUCAGCAGCAGCAAACCCCACUCCUGACACAGUUUUAGGGCUCCAGAGAGUGGAAAAUGGGGCUCCCUGAUGUUCUGUGGGGUGAACAUGGACUGUUCCACAGCUGGUGCCAGGGUGAAGCUCUGAAGCUGGGUGAGCCAGGGAUGCCCUGGGGUCACUGUUGGGCACAGCUGCCUCCUGAAUGCUCCUCCUCCCCCCAAAGGGCUCAUCCCUGCUGCUCCAGCCUUUUUGUGGUGGUGUUGCCUGCUGGGGAAGAACACGAACCCUGUGAGCUGAGGCUCUGUGCUGUUUGCUGUGGGGUGACCUGUGCUGAGCUCCUGCCCUCCCACAUGCCUGACUCCAGGGCCAGGCCUCCCCCUCAAGCUGCUGCUGUGUGUGUGUGUGUGUGUGUGUGAGUCUCCAGCUGCUUUAUCUUUGGACUUGAAUAAUAAAUCUUGAUUGGCAAAGAAGUGA